GGGAAACGGGAAUGACUCGUCAUCAGACUAGAGAGUUGUAGUGACACAGUCCAUAGAAGGACUUUCCAAAACCUUUCUUCUUUGCUGGUACGCCUACAGAGAGAGAGAGAGAGAGAGAGAGAGAGAGAGAGGAGUCCCCCAGUCCCCACAACUGUCUGUCCCCGCUGCUGGACAAAACUGCCACCGCCAAUAAUGCUUGGGACCUUGUAAGCAGACAACCCAACCUUUCACCUCUCUCUCUCUCUCUCUCUCUCUUAAUCUGCUAAGUCUCACCAACUCUCUCAGUUUCAAGUAUAGCUGAUAUUAUAUUUCUUCAAAACCCAUUUGAGUAAAUUUCCACCCUUCGUUUCUUACCACAUCCCUUUCUGUUUCCAUUUUCUUUACCAUUGGAUUACCCCAUCUUCACCAGCCCUAUUUCUAGUCCUUGUUACUCUCUCUCUCUAUGUCUGUCUGUCUGUGUGAGUUCUUCAAAACAAAGCAUUUAAUAUAUUCCAUAUAAGAGUAUCGGUAGCAGCAGGAACAAAGGAAUAUAUGUGCGGUAGAUAUGGGGUCUCCAUCUGCUUCUUGGGGGAUACAUUUAUUGCAAAUGUUUUCUUAGUAUAAUAAGUAUGGAAUGUUGGUCACCGAGGGAGAAAGAGAGAGAAUUUAAGGCACACUUCAACAACCGCUCAGCUGAAAUGGAGGGGCUCCAAGGACCUGUUACUCCCUGUUUCUUUGGGGAACAUUCGGAGCAAGAAUUUGUCGCCAAUACAGAAAGCUUGAAAUUUGAGGAAGAAGAAGCCCCGAUGUUAGAGGACACAAUUCCAUUGCUUCAGAUGCUACAAAGUGUGGGAUCCCCACACUUUUUUUCCUUCAAGGAGCCCAGCUUUCAGACACUGUUGAGAUUACAGCACGUUAAGAAGCCGUGGGAGGAUUACACUCACCUGCUUGAAAUGGAAACUCAAAUUCAGGCCAUAGAGCUUGAGAGCUGCGUCACCCAUGACAUAGUGGAGCCGCAAUAUUCACCAGUCAAAUCCGAAACCAUGGACGUCCUUCAAAACCCACCUUCGGCUUCAUGUCUACCAGUAGCCGGCCGGGAACGAAGAAAGCGCAAGAGGCCAAGGCCGACCAAGAACAAGGAAGAAGUAGAGAGCCAGCGCAUGACCCACAUUGCCGUGGAACGCAACCGGAGACGGCAAAUGAAUGACCAUCUCAACGUCCUCAAGUCCCUCAUGCCCGCCUCCUAUAUUCAAAGGGGUGACCAAGCGUCCAUUAUCGGCGGUGCAAUAGACUUUGUGAAGGAACUGGAGCAGCUACUGCAUUCCCUUGAAGCGAAAAAGAGAAUGAGAAAAAAUCAAGAAGCGGGCGAUGGCUCCGGCUCCGGCUCCGGCGCCGUGGCUGUUUCCUCCAACGGUUUGUUUAUGUCGCCGCAAUGUGGAAUUGGAUCGGAGGAAGGCAACUACGGAGAGGAGGUGAAGGCGGAGAACAAGUCUGAGGUGGCUGAGAUAGAGGUGACUGUGAUUCAAACCCAUGUGAACUUGAAAAUUCAGUGCCGACGGAGGCCGGGGCUGUUGCUGAAAGCCAUUGUUGCACUGGAGGAUCUUAGGCUAACCGUUUUGCACCUCAACAUCACCUCCUCAGAUUCCUCCGUUCUUUACUCUUUCAACCUCAAGAUAGAGGACGAGUGUAAGCUAGGAUCCCCUGACGAGAUAGCAUCGACCGUUCAUCAAAUAUUAAGCUUUAUCAACGGUAGCUGAUUGUUCAAAGACUCAAGCAGCUGAGUCAUUUGCCAACUUGGAGAGUGUAGAGAGGCCAGAGGGCACCUCCAAUUCCAUUGUCCUCAUCUUCUGGGCUUGUGACUUGUGAGAUAGAUAGAUAGACUGACAGAGGGGCGCAGGACAGAAGAAGAGAUGAUGAUGAUGAUGUUUAGUGCCUAACUUGAAAAGCUUCCAUCUUUUUUUAACUAAUUACGAAUAAAAUAAUAUGUCUUUUUUUGUUUUUUUUUUAACUUCUCUUCAUCUCUUCAUGGGGAUGGGGAUGGGGAAGGGGGCCCACCGGCCCAGCAUGCUUGGGGAUAGAAGAAGGCUUUGGUUUGAAAUAUAAAAUUAUGUAAUUCUCAUCAUUACAUAUUGCAAAUCAUGGCUUCUUUUUUUA